AGAACUGCACUGCACAAGAGUCACUGUUAAACUGUGGCUCUUCGCUCGAAAUACCACAAGUAUUUAUACUUAUUUUUCAUAACAAUUCUUAAUUUUGAUUGGCCAAAUAAAUCGACAACGAAAAUGAAAAAAACAGUCGAACGGAAACAUGAAUAGCCAAUUUAAUGACUUAAACAGAAAUCUACAUUCGAUUUUUCUAAAAAAAUUGUGAACAAAAGUGUUGUGUUUAUUAGUGAAGUGAAAAAAAGUGAAAUCAUGGCUCGUACAAAGCAAACUGCCCGUAAAUCGACUGGUGGAAAAGCCCCACGUAAGCAACUGGCAACAAAGGCAGCUCGUAAAAGUGCUCCAGCAACAGGAGGUGUAAAGAAACCACAUCGUUAUCGUCCUGGAACAGUGGCUCUUCGUGAGAUUCGUCGUUAUCAGAAAAGCACCGAAUUGUUAAUUCGUAAAUUGCCUUUCCAACGUUUAGUUCGUGAAAUUGCUCAAGAUUUCAAAACAGAUUUGCGUUUCCAGAGCUCAGCUGUUAUGGCGCUUCAAGAAGCAAGUGAAGCUUAUUUGGUUGGCCUGUUUGAAGACACAAAUUUGUGCGCCAUCCAUGCCAAACGUGUCACAAUUAUGCCAAAAGACAUUCAAUUGGCCAGACGCAUUCGUGGCGAACGUGCUUAAAUCAUCGAGGUUAAAAAAAAUAUUCAACGGUCCUUUUCAGGACCACAAAAUAUUUAAAAGAGAUAUAAAUGAAUUUUAAUUCAAUCUAGUAAUUACGUACCUAUCGAUUUCCACGAUUUUUUUUUUAUUUUAGGUAGAAAGAUAAUGUGAUAAUUUACUUUGAAGGCAAAUUUUGAAAAUGUUAUUGCUUGCUUUCUAUGCAUAGUUUUUAUCAUACAAAUGAAAAUAUUUAUACCUACGCAAGCCAAUGCUCGAAAAUUUAUGAAUUUUGUUUUUCUUUUUUAAUUAUAGUUAUUUUAUAAGGCAUUGCUUCUUUUUUUUAUGUCUGAAGGCAAAUUUUCAAGUAAGAAUUUUUUUCUAUGUACAGUUUUUUGUAAUACUCGUAAAAAUGUGAAUUUGUCUACUAAGCAAGUCAAUACUCGAAAAUGUUUGAGUUUUGUGUGUUUUAAUUUUUAAUAUUUCAAUGAUGUAUUUUAUAAGUCUAUGCUUUGUUUUUUUUUUAUAUAUCUGAAGGCAAAUUUUGAAGCAAGAAAGUUUUUUUUUCAAUGUACAGAUUUUUGUAAUACAAAUGUGAAUUUGUAAACCUUGGCAAGCGAAUAUUCGAUAGUUUAUGAGUUUUGAUUGCUUGAUUAUUUGUUUAAAUUUUUGGUAUUUUAAUGUUUGUUAUGGAUUAAAUAUUUAAUAUUUAUGAACAAAAUAAUAUAAAUAUAGUUUUUCAUUUGUUUUCUUGCUUGGGAUAAUGUUUAACAAAUUUUCUAAGAAAAAGUCACAGCCUAGG